AUGGUUGCUGACGAUAAGCCCGCCUCUACCUUCAAGUACAAUGAAGCUCCAGUCUACACUACUUCCAACGGAUGUCCGGUGAGACACCCAGAGGAGUAUCAAAGAGUUGGUACCAAUGGUCCUCUUCUUCUUCAAGAUUUCCAUUUGAUCGAUUUGUUGGCACAUUUCGAUCGCGAACGUAUCCCAGAGCGUGUUGUCCAUGCGAAGGGUGCCGGAGCUUAUGGAGAAUUCGAAGUUACACACGAUAUCAGUGAUAUCACCACCAUUGAUAUGUUAAGCCAAGUUGGCAAGAAGACCCCUCUUGUCUCACGUUUCUCAACUGUCGGUGGUGAAAAGGGUUCUCCAGAUUCGGCUCGUGACCCAAGAGGUUUCUCCGUCAAAUUCUAUACCGAAGAGGGUAACUGGGAUUGGGUUUACAACAACACCCCUGUUUUCUUCCUCCGAGACCCAACCAAGUUCCCUCUCUUCAUCCAUACACAAAAGAGAAACCCUCAAACAAACUUGAAAGAUGCUACCAUGUUCUGGGAUUACCUCUCAACUCAUCACGAGGCUGUUCACCAGGUUAUGCACUUGUUCAGUGACCGUGGUACACCAUAUUCCUACAGACACAUGAACGGAUAUUCUGGUCACACCCACAAGUGGUUUAAGGCCGAUGGUACCUUUAACUAUGUUCAAGUCCACUUGAAGACCGAUCAAGGAAGCAAGACUUUCACCAACGAGGAGGCCGGAAAGAUGGCUUCUGAGACCCAAGAUUGGCACACUCAAGACCUAUUCGAUGCAAUUGAGAAGGGAGAUUACCCAAGCUGGAGCGUCUUCGUUCAAGUUCUUUCCCCAGAACAAGCUGAGAAAUUCCGCUGGAACAUCUUCGACUUGACUAAGGUUUGGCCACAGGGUGAGGUUCCAUUGAGACCAUUCGGCAAAAUGACCCUCAACAAGAACGUUGAGAACUACUUCGCCGAAAUUGAGCAAGUUGCUUUCUCACCAUCUCACUUGGUUCCAGGUGUCGAGCCAUCUGCCGACCCUGUCCUCCAAUCUCGUCUCUUCUCAUACCCAGAUACUCACCGUCACCGUCUCGGUGUCAACUACCAACAAAUUCCAGUCAAUGCUCCCCUCCGAGCUUUCAAUCCAUUCCAACGUGAUGGUGCUAUGGCCGUCAAUGGAAACUACGGCGCCAACCCCAACUACCCAUCUUCUUACCGAAAGCUCACCCAAAAGCCUGUCAAGGCUACCAAUGAUCAUGAGCAAUGGUCCGGUGCUGCUUUGAGCUUUUUGUCCGAGGUUGGUCCAGAAGACUACGUUCAAGCUAAGGGUCUCUGGGAUGUCCUCGGCAAGCAAGAAGGUCAACAAGAUAACUUCAUCGGCAAUGUAUCUGGACACUUGGCGGCUGCUAAGGAGGACACUCGCAAGCGUACAUAUGACAUGUUCAGCAGAGUCGACCCAACUCUUGGUGCCAAGAUUGAAGAGGCAACCGAGAAGUUGGCUCCUGCUCCUGGUAGCAAGGCUGCUGGAUCUGCUCAAUCUCGCUUGUAG